AUGGAGGUGUUGUCUCGGGUGUUGAAUAAGGCGCCGUCAGGAUUUCGUUUUCAUCCGAAGUGUGAACAAGUUGGCCUGAUGCACUUGUGUUUUUUAGAUGACUUGAUGAUUUGCUCGUAUAGGGAUCAAGGAUCUCUAUCUUUUAUUAAGGAUGUGUCGGUUUCUUUUGAAGAUUCGGAAGAGCUCGUUUUCGGGAUGGGCCUCCCUGUUGUGGAGGAGGAUAGGUUGGCAGCUUUCUUAGGGUUUUCGGUGGUGUCGCUCCUUGUGCGUUAUCUUGGGGUUCUGCUUCUUUCGCGCCGGAUUUCUCAUCAUGAUUGUAAGCCUUUGCUUGAGCGGAUUAUCUGUCGUGUUCGGAAUUGGUCGGCUAGGAUGCUUUCUUUUGCUAGCUGGUUGCUGCUUAUUCGGUUGGUUCCGCAGAGUUUCCAGGUCUAUUGGGCUAGUGUGUUUAUCCUUCCGGCUCGUGUUCUUCAUGAUGUCGAGCAGAUUCUGCAUUCUUUCUUGUGGAAGGGGCACGAGAACGGAUGGUCGGGGACUAAGGUGGCUUGGUCUGAGAUUUCGACAUCGUCGGGUCUCUUUUCGGUGUCUAAUGCGUUGGAUGUGCUGCGGCCGGUUAGGCCUCCUGUUCCAUGGUUUUCUUUGGUUUGGUUUGGUGGGAACAUUCCGAAGCAUUCUUUUAUUGCUUGGCUGGCGAUGCGUGAUCGGCUUGCUACGAGAGAUCGUUUAUGUCGUUGGGACUAUUCUGUUAUGGUUUCCUGUGUGUUUUGUACUGGCCAGGAAUCUUGGGACAAUCUAUUCUUUGAGUGCCCUUUUAGUUGGGAGGUCUGGUCGAGCAUGAUUGCUUGGGCUGGUUCUUCUCGCCGGAUUUCAUAUUGGUCUACUGAGCUUCCCUAG